AUGGCCGAAGUGCAACAAUUCAAUGUGCCGCAAUCAUAUCGCGAUCUCAUCCUGAAAUGGAACGGUUGGGGAUACCGCGACUCCUUUUUUGCCAUCAACAAAGAUGGAGAAGUCGAGUUUACCGGCUCGAGGUAUGACAUGUCCGGCCAAACCUUACCACUACUUCGCCCAUGGUUUGAACAGAACCUCGGCAUUGAUCUAGACUACAAGACUCCGAGCCAGCCGAUCGAUCACCUCAAAAUCCAGCCCGCCAAUAACAACCAAGAAUUUAUUGAUUUUCUGCGAGUUCACGAUAUUGCGUAUUCGAAUGCGGCUCAGCAUCGGAUGAUGAGGGCUCAUGGGCAUACGGUCCACGAUAUGAUGCACCUACGCUACGGUGCCCUGCCGCGAUGCCCAGAUUUGGUGGUCUCAAAAAUUAUCGAGGGCGCCCUGAAGACCAACACAGCUCUGAUUCCGAUUGGAGGAGGCACCUCGGUUUCAAAUGCUUUGGAUUGCCCGCUAAAUGAGCGUAGAUCAAUUGCCUCUAUCGAUAUGGCGCUUAUGGACAAGAUUUUGUGGAUUGACCCACAGAAUUUGACGUGCCGAGCGGAAGCCGGGAUUAUUGGACAGUCCUUGGAGCGCCAGUUGAAUGCCAAGGGGUAUACCUGUGGCCAUGAGCCAGAUUCAAUUGAAUUUUCUUCCCUCGGAGGUUGGGUCUCGACACGAGCUAGUGGAAUGAAGAAGAACAGGUAUGGCAACAUUGAAGACCUUGUUGUACACCUUAAUCUGGUGACGACAAAGGGUUUGAUCCAUCGUCAAUGCCAGGUCCCACGCCUUUCCUCUGGCCCAGACCUUCAAGAAAUUAUCAUGGGAUCUGAAGGAACUUUGGGAGUCGUUACUCAAGUCACCCUAAAACUCUUCCCAAUCCCUCCAGUCAAACGCUUUGGAUCUCUCGUUUUCCCCGACUUCAAGCGUGGAGUCGACUUCUUCCGGGAGGUUGCGAGACAACGCUGCCAACCCGCCUCCCUCCGUCUCGUCGACAACGAGCAGUUCAUCAUGGGGCAAGCUAUGAAAACCGAGCAAAAGGGGGUGUGGGCCGGGCUCAAGGCAAAGGCUUCCAAGUUCUACGUCACCUGGUAUAAGGGAUUUAAGCUGGACGAGAUGGUAGCCGCAACCUGCGUUUUCGAGGGAACCGCCGAAGAAGUUGAUCAGCAAGAAAAGCGCUUGUAUGCCUUGGCUGAACAGUUCUACGGCGUAGUUGGAGGUGAAGAAAAUGGACGUUAUGGCUAUCGCCUUACUUUCGCUAUUGCAUAUUUGAGGGACCUCGGAAUGGAGUACGGAGUCUUGGGAGAAUCGUUUGAGACUUCAGUCCCUUGGGAUAAGGUCUUGAACCUGUGCCGUAAUGUGAAGCAGUUGAUCAAGCGGGAAGCCAAGGAAGCUGGCGUUAAAUACCCGGCGUUGGCAAGUUGCCGCGUUACCCAAGUCUACGACGCCGGCGCCUGUGUGUAUUUCUAUUUUGGAUUUAACGCUCGGGGGUUGGACAAUGCCCUGGAGGUUUAUGACAGGAUCGAGACAGCUGCCAGGGAUGAAAUUAUCGCUUGUGGAGGCUCGAUUUCGCAUCAUCAUGGAAUUGGUAAACUCCGCAAACAAUGGAUGCAGGGUACGGUAGGAUCUGUAGGAAUGGAUUUGCUGAAGGCUAUCAAGUUGGAGCUCGAUCCCACCAACGUCUUUGCAAACGGAAACCUCAUCGACCUACCGCCAAGCGCGAAGCUA